GGCAGGGAAGCCACAGACUACAGCAAGCACACAGCAUAUCCAAGCAGCACAAGGCAAGAGUCGUGAGCCAGGCUCAGAGUACAGCAGAUUGAGCUGCAAAUAUCUGUCACGGAAGGGACAACCCUUUACCACCCAGAUCCAGAUUAAAAAGGCAGCUCUGCUUGUAUUAUGACAGCAAAAAACUGAAGAUCUCCGGUGCUGACUUGUUCCCAACCAGGUGUUUUUCUCAAGGAAGACAUCUGAUUUAUUGUGAAUAUGCCAGAACAAAGUAAUGAUUACAGAGUAGUGGUGUUUGGAGCUGGAGGAGUGGGUAAAAGUUCCCUUGUCCUAAGGUUUGUGAAAGGCACAUUUCGAGAAAGUUACAUCCCAACAAUUGAAGACACCUACAGACAAGUGAUAAGUUGUGAUAAAAGCAUAUGUACUUUACAAAUUACAGACACCACUGGAAGCCACCAAUUUCCAGCUAUGCAGCGUCUGUCUAUAUCAAAGGGACAUGCCUUUAUUUUGGUUUUUUCUGUGACCAGCAGGCAAUCCCUUGAAGAACUGAAGCCUAUCUAUGAACAAAUUUGUCAGAUUAAAGGGGAUGUUGAAAGCAUCCCUAUAAUGCUGGUUGGAAAUAAAAGUGAUGAAACACAAAACAGAGAACUGGAAAGCUCAGAAGGAGAAGCAAUAGCAAAAAAGUGGAAAUGUGCCUUCAUGGAGACAUCAGCCAAGAUGAACCACAAUGUGAAAGAGCUGUUUCAAGAGCUGCUAAACCUUGAGAAACGCAGGACUGUGAGCCUCCAGAUCGAUGGCAAAAAGAGCAAACAGCAGAAAAGAAAAGAAAAAUUGAAAGGGAAAUGUGUGGUUAUGUAAAGGCAAAUAAAUGGGAAUGGGGUAGAGCCACACUCAUUUCAGCAUUACAGAAGAUAGGACAAUGGCAUGUUCAACACUUGGCAGUGCAAUCAUUUUAACAUCUGGAAAUAAAUGGCACAUGAUUUGUAGUUACAUCGCCUCAGACAGGGGUUAAAAAUAUUGUACUUCAGAGUUAAUUUAAUUUCAGUUUUCGCAGUGGUCAGUAUAACUUAAUAGACUGAAUUCUCAUUUCCAGCAUUUUAAUUGCUAGAAAUGCUUCCAAGAAAAAGAUUUUUAUAUAUU